AUGACACCGGGGGUGGAAGGAUCCAGGCUAGACAUAAGUGAUCCAGAGGCUCUCUAUUUCACUUACGUUGGGCGUGGGAGAGUGGCAUUUGUCAUGGAUGCUGAGCACGAGUUGAUCACACUGGGCGUGGAUGUGUUGAAUGAAUAUGAGAAUUCCUCUCAACUCAAAGCUCUCCCUCCGCCCAUCUCUGAUGAUUCUCGCCAGCAAUCGUUGGCCGAGGAGGAAUUAGUUCCUGACUUCCACAUGGCGGAGAGCGGUGUCCGCAAGUGCCGCUGGGGCAAAUGGUUCUCCGAAAUUCGAGUGCCGCAGAAGAAGUCGCGGAUAUGGUUGGGGUCGUUUCUAGUGCUGGAGAUGGCGACGCGAGCUUACGACGUGGCGGCCUUUUACCUCAAGGGCCAGAAGGUGCAACUCAACUUUCUCGAUGAGGUUGAGUCCCUGUUGCUUCUACCGAUGUGCACACCCACGGACAUCCAGGCGGAGACGGCCAAGGCGGCGUGCACUAGCAAAGCCUCACGCGAAGAGAAGGGAGACAUUGCCUCCAACGACGAUUUUUGGGGCCCGAUUGAGUUGCUGAAGGGGGGCCGCCGUCGAACGUGGCGGUGGCGCACGUGCCACUUUUGUUCCCAAUUCGGAACCACUCCCACCAAACCCUAA